CAACAGGAAGAGAAAUGUGUUGACCGUCCUCUGUUGGGUUUGACGCUAUGUAAUCCACACAUUUACACCUGAUAAACAAUAUGGAGCGACAGUAGCACUCUUUUAGUUAGUAGCCCGCAGAAGGUGCUCCUCCCGGGGAUACAAACCGGUCGUAGCGAUGUCGGUAAACCGGUGUGUGCAUUUGUUUUCUCGGCUUCAGCGCCACAUUAACACUCGGACAAGUCGCAUCACCUCUGGCGGCUGUCGUGUGGCUUCGGGGUCUAGCUUGCUACAUAAACAACAGGCGGUUUCCAGUAGAAAUGUCUCGUCUAACAGCUCUUCGUCUAAACCUCCGGACACAUCGCUGUUUGUCCCCGUCUCCCUGAAGACCGACCCCGCGGUGCACGGGACGGUGGGAGCCGAGCUGACCCAGCCGCUCGAUAAAAAUGAACUGCUGAAAAUUCUGAACCGGUUUUACAAAAAGAAGGAGAUGCAGAAGCUGGCAGCAGACCAUGGCCUUGACGCUCGUCUGUUCCAUCAGGCCUUCAUCAGCUUCAGGAAGUAUGUCCUGGAAAUGACGUCACUCCCUGCAGACCUUCACAUCAUCCUCAGUGACAUCUGCUGCGGAGCAGGCCACAUAGAUGAUGUCUAUCCGUACUUCAUGCGUCAUGCCAAGCAAAUCUUUCCCAUGCUGGACUGCAUGGAUGAUCUUAGAAAGAUCUCAGACCUUAGAGUUCCAGCCGACUGGUACCCUGAGGCUCGUGCCAUCCAGAGGAAGGUGAUUUUCCAUGCUGGGCCGACUAACAGCGGUAAAACGUACCACGCUAUCCAGCGCUACCUGGCUGCUAAGUCUGGAGUCUACUGUGGUCCUCUGAAGCUGCUGGCACACGAGAUCUUUGAGAAGAGCAACAAUGCUGGUGUUCCAUGUGACUUGGUUACUGGAGAGGAGAGGACUUUUGUAGACUCGGAGGGUCGAGCAGCUGGUCAUGUAGCCUGCACCAUCGAAAUGUGUAGCGUCAACACACCUUAUGAGGUGGCAGUAAUAGAUGAAAUUCAAAUGAUCAGAGAUCCUUCCAGAGGCUGGGCGUGGACCAGAGCACUGCUGGGUCUUUGUGCAGAAGAGAUCCAUGUGUGUGGGGAACCUGCAGCCAUUGACUUUAUCAGAGAGCUGAUGUACUCCACUGGAGAGGAGGUGGAGGUUCACACCUACCAGCGCUUGACUCCAUUCUCCAUCCUGGAUCAUGCCGUGGAGUCAUUAGACAACCUGAGACCGGGAGACUGUAUUGUUUGCUUCAGUAAAAAUGACAUUUACUCUAUAAGCAGACAGAUCGAGGCCAGAGGACUAGAAUGUGCUGUAAUUUAUGGGAGCUUACCUCCAGGCACCAAACUGUCACAGGCCAAGAAGUUCAAUAACCCUGAUGACCCCUGCAAGAUUCUGGUUGCCACAGAUGCCAUUGGCAUGGGUCUUAACCUGAGUAUAAAACGUAUCAUCUUCAACAGUCUGGUAAAACCAAACAUUAAUGAGAAAGGGGAGAAACAGAUGGAAACCAUCAGCACAUCACAGGCUCUGCAGAUUGCUGGUCGUGCAGGGAGGUUCUCCUCCAAGUUUAAAGAGGGAGAAGUUACGACUAUGCACAGAGAUGAUCUGCCUGUUCUGAAGGAAAUACUGAGCCACACUGUGGAUCCCAUAGAGACUGCAGGUCUUCAUCCGACUGCAGAGCAGAUAGAGAUGUUUGCCUACCAUCUGCCUGAUGCUACACUCUCCAACCUUCUUGACAUAUUUGUCAGCCUUUCUCAAGUGGAUGGUCUGUAUUUUGUCUGCAACAUUGAUGACUUCAAGUUUCUGGCCGAUAUGAUUCAGCACAUCCCACUGAACCUGAGGUCCCGCUACGUCUUCUGUACCGCUCCAAUCAAUAAAAAACAACCUUUUGUAUGCACCUCCUUCCUAAAGUUUGCCCGUCAGUUCAGUCGAGACGAACCCCUGACAUUUGACUGGGUUUGUCGCCAUGUCAGCUGGCCUCUGGCUCCUCCGAAAAACAUCAAAGACCUGGUUCACCUGGAAGCCGUCCAUGAUGUGUUGGAUCUGUACCUCUGGUUAAGCUACCGGUUCAUGGACAUGUUCCCAGACACUGCCUUUGUUCGGCAAAUCCAGCGGGAACUUGAUGAUAUCAUCCAACAGGGUGUCCGAAAUAUCACCCGUCUCAUCAGAGCCACCGACCCAAACAUCACUGACCCGCUGCAGACACAAAGCAACAGGCGUAGCCAAACGGGCAGCAACAUUGGUGCUGCCAGCAGUAGCGUUUUGACCAAAACCAGAGGUCAAAGGGGACAACGAGCCUCAGGAGGGGUGAUGGACAGCUCUCUGGCUAGUCGUCUGGUGAGGGACGGGCUGCUGACCCCUGAUUUGCUCCAGCAGCUGCAGAAAGAGUGGUCCAAAGAUCAAAAGCAGGAAAACGCCAGUCAGAAUGCUUUCGAUGCCCAACAUCACAACAACAAUCACGGGAAAAGAAAAAAGAAGAAGAAAUGAGGAGACAAACAGUUGCAUGUAGGUAAUUGUCUAAGAUUAUCUCUGUUCUGAUGGAGAUCAGUAACUGUUACAAACCUUAGAUAACAUCUGGUGGUUUGUUUGAAACGAAUCAGGAUUUGAAACAGUUAAAUAAGGUGAAGGCACUUUUUCCAGUGCUGAAAGGAUCACAAUGAAAUGGCAUCCCCAGCUAUACAAAUAACACCAACAUGACAGUUUGGACACAAUGGCAAUGAGUUUUGAGUGUGGUCGCAUGGGUCUGAACUGAGGUUUACAUCAGAAUACUAGGUUAUUCAUGGUUAUUCAUCAUUUUCACUUAAACCGCUUGUUUUCCCUGUGCUACAAAUCUCCUAGUUUGUUUUCCUCCAACGUAAGUGUUUUAAACUGAAGUUACUGUGAAGUACUGGCUGCUCUUUGCCCUUUGGAAGGAUCAGGUUUCUGGUGAGAGAUUCUCCCAGUUCUUUCAGUGUGAAUAAAAUAAUGCUACUUGGUAACUAAUUUAAAAACAGUCACAUGAGCGAACAACAAACGUCACUGACCUCACUUGGACUUGGCUUAGAGAAAUGGGCCCAUUGUCAUGAGUCUUUGAUGUCUGGUCUGAGAAACCCAAAACUGACGAGCAACAUUGUGUAGAACAGUGUUUCAGCGGAGGUCCACACCGUGUCAUAAAUGCUGUUUUAGUAGCAUUUUUGAGACCAGAAAACAUUUUAAAAUGCACUGUAUGCAGGUCUGUUUUCUUUCCUUUCAUUUUAUUCAGUAGCUUCUAUGAACAUUUCAUCACAGAACAGAAGAGAAUAGAUUGAAUGGAGUGGAGCCACGUUUGAGUGAUAAAAUGCCAUAGUUUUUCUUGUUUGUACAAUUAAGAGGAUGACAUUUGUCAAUAAAAACUAUGUUUUAGGUA